AUAAUCGACCCGACACGAUCACCCUGUUCGUAAGUCGCAAGUUCGCUUGCGAGUACACAGUUACCGACGAAAAUGAUCACGAUUACGAUAACUAUAACGUCGGUGGUCGCCAUCGCGAUAGUGAGCGCGGUACAUCAGGUAACCGCGUCGACGACCAUAGAUAAUGUGGUCGUCCGAAUGGGCUUGCCAGAAGGCCAGGGACUGUCAGGCGUGUGCCUGUUUAAAAACGGGCCGAACAAGCGACGGCACGUCAUGUUCAAGUCGGUGACGUCAGCGCGCAAGAAACACGGUGGCGGUGGCGACUACAUGGUGGCCGGAGAUUUGUCGGCCGACCGUGUGUACGAAGGCACGUUCACCCGGCUUGUGGACGGCGAUCAGGUGGCCCGGUUCGGAUGCAAGGGUGGCCAGCAAUUCGAAAUUGCUACGCCGUUCGUGGUGCCAGAACGGGACUUGGACACCAUGCUGGCGGUCAAGGAGUCGAUGGAACGGCGGUUCGGCGCACAGCCGUCCCGUCAGCAACCGCGUAGGUUUGUUACGGCGGACCACGUCUCCGUCACGCUCAGUGUACUGCAACAGGGCAAGUCAACUGCGCCCUCAGAUACUGGCGACUACGUCGAUGACAAUGCCUCAGUCACCGUUGACGUUUUUCAACUGUACAAGAAACCGACCGCCAUCGGAAACUCAUGGAAUUCAAAGGUCACUGGCACCGCCACUCAGUACUCGGCGUUUCCAUUCGCGAGGUAUGCGCUCCGAUAUCCGGUAGGAAAACUAAUGUUGGACGACCUGCCACCUGAUCAAAUGUUGGCCGUCAAGUUACGCCGUCCUGUCACAAUCAAUAACAACGACAAUCUGACCGAAAACGCCAUUUUUAUAUACACCGGUGGCCUCUAUCCUCGGGGUACUGCCAAUCUGACAAAAAUGUUGGACGACGAACGACCCGAAGAUGACAUGUUCACCACGAACCCUAACGUAGCGGAUACUGACGUCGCUGCUACUUCGCUACAAGUCCUCGCUAAGUAUGUGCACCGCGACCCGUUCGGUAAGCGUUCAUCAAAUAUAGGUAUUAACUCACAAUAUUUAGAUUAGGUUAGGAUACUUAACCAAUAGGUAUAAAAUAUACUUUAUAGGCUAUAAAUUAAAACAACUACGAACCCAUACUACGCAUGGAGUUGACAUUUUUUUAGAAUGCACGCACCAAAUUUUCAUUCUAAGAGAAAUUUAUAUCCGUAAUUACUGUAUUUGUCAAACUAACCGACAACAAAACACAUUACACGUUACUUAGAACAUAAACAUAAAUAUUUAAAUUGUAUGUAAAGCCAAGUUAAGAUUAUAUACAUUCGAAUAACUCUUAUGUUAAAAAAAAAACGGAUAAAAAGUUUGCUUGAUAUAAUUUGUAAACAAAUUUUCAAUUUUAAUCGGGAUACUUAACAAAUGAAGGGAGCAUCUAUGUUUUUUUCAGUAUGGAGUUUUAUAAUGCUAUCAUGGAUGACAGACAAAAAUGUAGUCAGCUUGCUUACAUCCAAUAGUGACAUAUGCUUGUGAAACGUGGUAGACAGCUUAGGGAGACUAGGAGAAGCUUCUUAUAUUUGAGAGGAAUGUGCCAGGAAAAAUAUACGGACCUGUGACAAAUGAAUCAAUUGGGAACUAUAAAAAGAGAAAAAAUACCACCUGAGAAUCCCUAUAUAAUAAACUAAGUAUUAAAUGUUUUCUGAAAUCUCAACAUCUAAAAUGGCCGGGUUACAUGUGAGGCAAGCUAAAGAGAGCAUAAUUCAGAAAGAACUAAUUAAUAAACUAACUGACAAACGUCCUGGUUGGGGAAGACCUCGGUAACGAUGUCAAGAUGCAGUAAAAUGCAAGUAUAAAAAUGGUAAACAGAACGGCAAAACUCAUAGAAAAAAGGUUAAAAUGGCCUAAAAAGCAAUAACAAAAAAAAAUCUAGUUAUAUACUUAUUGGACCGGUCAUUAUUUUGGCCUACCCUAGCCAAUAUUUAAAUGACGCCCCUGAUACCGGUAUGUACCUGUAGACAGUAAUUAUGUAUAGGUUGGUAUAUCUAUACUGUAGUCGAUGUAAAUAUUAUGUAUAAUAGACAUCAAAAGAGUAAUUAUAAUGCACCUAUUAUGUAUACAUGCUUAUAACAUUAGAUAGGUAAAAAGAAAAUUGGUCUUAAUGUUGUCUAUAUCACGAUCUAUAUUAUAUUCGUCUUAAUAAUAUAACAAUGAUUCCGAUCACAAUAUAAACUUUAAUUUAACAAAUUGAUAGGUUUAGGUAUCGACAUAUUAAAUACGAUUAGGAAUUGAAUCGGUUGAAUGUCAUUAAAAAUAAUAAUAUAUACUAGCAGGUUUUUUACUUUGUUAAUGGGCUUAACGUGCCCGAAAGAUUAUACACAUUAUAGGACCGUCCACAGAAAAAACACGUGUAAACACGACUAAACAAUUUUAAACGAUAAUCAUUCUUCCUAAAAUUCUAAAUCCAAUAGUUUAAUCGUAGCUUACUGGUAAUAUUAUAUAGGUUCCAUACUACUUACCACUUAUCUAUGAGAUAUUUGUUUAAAGACCAACUAAAUAAAACAAUUGUUGGUUUUCAAACCUAGAUACGUAACUUAUUAUUAAUGUAGAUAAGUAUUAAGUCUUAGGUUGAGCUCCAAAUCCAGAUUAAAACAAACGGGACAAUCAGUUUAAUCCAGAUUAUGAUAGUUUGUAUACCUUUCCAUGCAACUGCAAACAUUCUAUUUUUACCCGAAAAUCCAUGUUAUGUAUAUAUGUAUUGCAAGGUGGAAAUACAUAAAUGAGUACUUUUUAAAAAUAACUGAUGAACAAUGACAAAAAAAUACGAGAUUUAUUAGAAAAAUCAAUAAAAUAAACUUUUAAAUUUGUAUUUUUUUCAAAUACCUACCUACUCUUUUAACAAAAUUAUCUUAACAAAUUUUAACGAAACAACGAAUUAAACGUUAGUUUAUACUUGUACAUAUAUAUUUUUAUCAGAUUUUUUUAAAUUUAGAGCGAAGUGAGAGAUCUAUUGAUUCAACUAUGUUUUAGAUUCUCAGCGAAUUGAGGUAUACAUAGUUUAACAAUGAUGUUUAUUUUUUUUUUAUUGCGUACAAAAAUUUUAGAAAUCUUACUCCGAUUUUUAAGUGCAAUACCUUUUUCUAAAUGGAAAUUUACUGUAAGUACCACUGAGUGGUACAAUAAGGAGGUCAAUUUUUGAUUUUCCAAGCAUUUUUCAAAAUAAUUGGGAAAAAACGAGAGUAUUUACGAAAUGAACCUAUUCAAAAAAACAUUAAAUUCCCCUCUAUAUCCUAGUUUCACAACUUCUGACCUGCAACACAGGGGCGUUCUUAUGAGCGAUCCCCCCCCGAGAGAAGUAGACAUUGGCAUUUGGUAUAGUCAUUGAUCCAGAAGUAAAUAUAAUCAAUAUAUUAUUUGAUAUAACUUUUUUUUAUCAAUCAUUAACAUUAAAUUUAAUUAUUACGCCCCCCCCCAUGUCAAGGUCUGGAGACGCUCCUGCUACAAGUCUACAACACAGUGGCCCACUUAUCCUGCGAUGUAUGUACCUAAGUUUAUUUUUCCAUCUUUAAAUAACUUUUCGAACAAGAAACUUGCUUUAAUCGAAAAAUAACAAGAGUUGGAUGUUGAAUCUAGUUUGUGCAUUAAAGACCAUUUUUUUUAUUUUCAAAGUCGUUUUUAAAAUAUUGGAAAAAUCAAAAAACAAAAUUUUAGGGAAAACGGCAAAUAUUUACAGUACAUUGCGUUAUGACUGAUUUCAUUGUUUUUAAUUUUUACACACUGUUUUUUGUCAGAAAUAUUUAUGUCCAGUUAAACCGGUUAAAAAUAAUCAUAGAAACUUGAAAUUUUGAUUAAAUAUUUAAAUUAGUCCUUACUAGCUAGAUGGUAAGUAUUUCAAAACAUUCUGGCGAUUCAUAAACUAUUUAUACAUAUUUGAAAUAUUUUUCUAUUCAUACAAAAAACUCUGCCACUUAUACAAAAUAGUGGAAUUGUGCUAUAAGCUAUUAUAUUUUAUGAAAAAUAAAGCUCGGAAAGUGAACUUAAACUUUUUAUAAUUAUUUAUUUUUUAAAAUAAAUAAACGGGUAGAAAUUAAGAACAAAUAAUUUAAUAUUAUGUAUUUGUUUUAAAUACUAAAUAUAUGUACAAUAUACAAAUAAAAAUAAAUAUUACAGUAACAUAAUGUAAUAUGAAUUGUUUUACAAUUAACACCAUAGUAAUUUGAAGACACUGUACAAGAUAAAUUACCAAAGUUACUAUAAAAAAGUUAAAUACGUGGGUUUUAUGUUAGGGGAGGGUGAAGACUUAAAACUUAUUUUCAAAAUUAUUGAUUUUUAAAUAUCUAAAACUUUUUAAAAUUUUUUAUAUUGAAUUAUAUUAAAUUAUUAAAAUAAUAAGUUAUUAUUCAAAUUUUUUUUUUUUUGGUAAAUGUAGAUUUUGGUAUAAUAUAUAUUUUAUAUUUUAUCUGGAACUCAAAAUAAUAAAUUUGUAAGUUAAGCAAGGAUGACGCAAAGAAUGAAAAUAAAUACCAAUAAUUUGUUUUAAACAUAUUUUUCUUGAGAGUUAUUUAGUUAUUUGUUAGAUUUUAUUAGUUAAAAUUAAAUUUUUUUUAUUAUCAAUUUGGGUAAUGGUUAUAUUGACUGAAAUUGUAACUAUUACAUUUGUACUACUACAAUAAUUAAACAUUUAAAAAAAAUAAAUAUUUUUAGAUAUAAUCAAAAAUACAGUCAAAUGUUAUACAGAUGGUAUGGUUUACAAUGGAUAUCCAUGUCAAAACUCUGAUGUUUGUAUACCAUUAGGUUGGUUAUGUGAUAGUCAAAAAGAUUGUCUAGGUAAUUCUUAAAUACUUUAUUAUAAUUUUAUAAAAUUAAAUUUAUACUAUAUUUUAUAUUUUUUAACUAUUAUAGAAGGUGACGACGAAUAUAACUGCUACACUGAUACAGAUAUAGAUAGUGGUGAAUAUAACAAUAAUUUAUACAACAAUAAUGAUAAUUGGUAUUAUAACCGUGGUAUAUGUAAAAAAUAUGAGUUUCGAUGUCGUUCUCGAAGGAUGUCGGUUUGUUUACCCAACUCUUGGUUAUGUGAUGGAAGAGUAGAUUGUGAUGAUGGGCAAGUAGAAAACUGGCAAUUUGGUUUAUAAAAUAUUUGUUCAACUAAUCAAAAAAUAAAUUUAUUUUAUAUUUAAAAAAUAGGUGGGAUGAGAAUGAAUUCAAUUGUGGCCGAACAUAUGGAGGUCUGAGACCAGGAUUUGGUGAUUUCAAUUCUCGAGAAGACCAAACAUGUUUGAGUAAAAAUAACUUUAAAUGUUGGCAAGGAACAGGGUGUAUAGCUCUCCGUGCAGUUUGUGACGGUAUUAAAGACUGUGCUGAUGGAUCUGAUGAACGUGUUUGUGACAACUGGAAUUCACAUUGUGAUGAGUUUACAGAAUAUAGAGUAAAGAAAAUAUAUAUAUCAUAUCAACAAAUUAUUAUUAUUAUUAUUGUUAUUAUUAUUAUUAUUUUUUAUUAAUAUUGUAUAAUUUAUUUAUUUUUCCAGUGUUUGAAUAACUAUAAUACAUAUAAUGCUCGCAGUUGUAUACCUCGGCAAUGGGUAUGCGAUCUCCAGGACGAUUGUCCACAUGGGGAAGAUGAAUCAAUCACCAGUUGCUUAGGAAUGGAUCACCCAACAUUUAACGGUCUAGAAACUGAUAUUGUGGAUUUUUAAACAAAACUAAUUUUAAUAAAUAUAAAUUCUAUAAUCACUAAAAUUGUUUUUAUACAGUAUUAAAUGUAACCUUAUCAUCUGGUUUGCUCUCAAGUGAAAAUGGAGGUAUGCGACAAUCAAAUAAAUGUCCAUCUUCGCGUUCCAUUCGAAAAGUUCCCCU